CAUAACCUGGGCGAAGCGGUUAUUAUAUAUGACGCUGUUGAAAAUUCUCCCACUUAUCUUCCAAAGAGCACGGACAGCGGUUAUCCAGAAACCACUGAAUGUGUCAGGUCAAAAAUAUUCUACAAUCGUCAAGAUAUAGCCAUUUGUUUAGAUAUGGGUUGUGCAUUCAAGCUUACCGAUAUACUUUUCCCUUUCGCAAGCCAAAAGAUUCUUUCUGCUCUCUCUCAAUCCCAUUCAGAAUAUCAGGCGAAUUUCGCUUACUUUACUUUGCGUGGUGCGUCUUUCUACGGUAUACAAUCAGCAUUUGGCGCUGCUAUAUGUGAGGGUAUAGACAACAGCGAGUUGCGAAGGUGGGAAAAAUAUCACUAUAUUUCCGAAGUCACAGAUUGCGUCACAAUGUAUAUAUGGAGAGCACAACCACAUCGUGGACUCAUUAAAUUGCGACUUGGACACUAUACAGGGGUCAAUUUAGCAAACAAGAUAUAUGCAGGACCCUCUUCAACAAUCAUCGAACCCUCAGUCUCGUUCAAUAUCUCUUGA